CCAUUGGCGGAGGCGCGGCAUGGCGGACGCGGGCGGCUCGUGGCGGCCGCCGCGGCCGUGCGAGGACUACUGGGGGGAGUGGAAGCACUGCCGCGGGCUGCGCCACGCCUUCCACCACUACUACGCGCACGGGGAGCUGCCGGCCUGCGGGCGCUGGCGGGAGGACUACGAGGCCUGCCGGGCCUGGGAGCGGCACGGCGCCGCCGCCGCGCAGGAAGCUUUGUGCAAGAGUGAAAGAGCUCGAGUGAUGGAAAGCCAGAAGUAUGCUCCGGUGUGGACACUCAGGAAGAGCCCCCCACCAGACUGGUAUCUACCCCUUGACCAGGACAAACCAAAUUAGGAAGAUUGUUUGCUGUGUUUGGUCAUAACUUAAUACACAAUUCAGAACUGUGCUGCCUUUUUUUUUCUUCCGUGUCUGUAGCUGUGCCCUGCAAUACUUGAGCACUCUUUCAAAAGUACUGAGAGUUUAUUUAAACACUGAGUAUCUUUUAAAGGGAGAGCUAAGGUGCCUAAUUUGUGUCUGGUCUUGUAUUGCUCUUACAAUUUAGGAUUUUGUCUCAGCAACUCAGCAGGCAACUCCCAAAUUAAUGCACACAUGAUCCAGCUCCUCUUGCUAGAUCAGGGCCUCUCCCCCUACCAGCUGGUGGUGUGCACUUUUGGAACAAGGUACCAACCCCAGGCCUGCAAAUGGGAAAAAAACAAGCUGGGAAUCCUCCCUCCAGUUCAGGACAGUCCCAACCACUGGCAUUUAAAAGGCAUUUCCCAGAACAGGACUGUUGUGGGUUAAGAGCUUCUCACCUGAUAGGGAGGUGCUGCAGCCCCUGAAACUGCCCCUUUGUGGAACUACUCUUGAAUGAUGGUGUGUGUUGUGGUAAUAUUCAAAACUCCUACAAAAAUAAAGGUUUAAACAAAUGUAGAGAGAGAUCUGGUUUGGUUUAGGGCAAACCCAUGGAAACUUGGUUACACGAGUUAUGUGGCAAUAAAAUAAAAAAACUGG